AUGCUACUGGAACAUCGUGAUAAGGGGCAAGCCAGUCUCCAAUUCCUACUGAGGCAACUCCAGCAGGUUCCUCAGCGACUCGAAGAACUCUACACGGAGAUUCUUCGAGACAUUACCGGCAAAGACGUUCAAUCGGCCACUAGACUCUUCCAAUGGGUUCUGGUAGCAAGACGGGCGCGUCGUCUGCGUGAAUGGUAUCAUGUGUUGGCCUUCAUAAGAUCUGAGCCUCCACGUUCCUUACGCGCCUGGCGAGCGUCGGACGGCUUCAUAGAGAGUGAUCAGCAGCUUGAACAACAGAUCAGGAGCAUCUCUAAAGGUCUUGUCGAGGUCAGAUGGCAAAACGAGAUCGCAAUUUCAAUGCAGCCUGGCGAUGAAUGGAAUUCCAUGGGUGCCCGGGCUGGGUCAAUGGACAGUGGCAAAGGCGAUACUAGGGUGGUCCAUUUUAUCCACGAGUCCGUUCAUGAGUUCUUUCUGAAGGACGGCUUCUCAAUUCUAGACUCAAAACUUCAGGUUCAUGCACUUGGCUACGCUCACUUAUCCGUCUUGGAGACAUGCGUGGACUACAUAUGUCUCGAGGAGUUCUCUCCUUUGAUCGAGGGCCGUGUUGAAGCAACUUGCAACGCGUCACAGCUCACAGGAGUUUCAUCCUACUUCGGAGAAUGGAAAAACCAGCUGGACCCAUUACUCCUCGACGAAUGUUAUUACCAGCCCUAUCCUGCCUCGCCAUCUAGAACAUCUCCAUUGCGAGAAAAUCGACGAAGGAUCUGGCGGAGUAGCAUGAGCGUGGCAAGCUUUGGGUCUUCGGCAUCGGCAUAUUCCGGUUUUGGUCAACGUCCAUUCUGCGACCAUCAGACUGCGAUUAACGACGCAAUGACUCGCCUCAUAUUACCGCCCACCAAAGCGCAAAAUAAUUCCGCAGAGCCUCUGGGUGGUCCCUCUGAUAUGGAGCUGAUGCUUCAAAGAUACUUGCGCGACUCCAGCCCCCCAGUCCUCAGCAACGCCAUCGAUCAAGUCCGGAGUCCCACAGCCGCCACACCGUCUCUGUCCGGGAGAAGCCACACUUUCGAACACUUUCCACACUGCUAUUCUAUGUGUCGGACAUGUUUUUCGCCCAUGCGGCUGCGGCUGAAGAAGAAGGUGUUGAUGCUAGCCACAUCAUCAACCGCUUGCGCCAACCAAGCAUCUGGAGUCGUUGGGUCGCUUUAA